AUGAGCGCUAAACUGGAAGUCCCCGACGCAUGGGAGGAGGACUGGGAAUCCCAGGCGGAUAAACUAGCGGACAGGCCUACCCCGCCGCCUGAGAAGAAAGUCUCAGCGAAAGUCACAAAAGCCCAGCGCAGGGCACAACAAGUGGAGUUCAAUCGGCAGCUAUGGGCAGAAGCUGAAUCUCCGCAGACAUUCCACUAUGUCGAAGCUCGAGCCGAUGUGCCUCUCAAACAAGACUUUAAACCGGCCGUCACACUUCUUAGCAGGAGACCUCCCAUUGCGACACGCCAAUCAUCAUCUUCCGGCAGAGUCGAUGGAGUAACAGCUGGCCUGGUCCAACUCGGCCUAGACGAUGACGGCGACUCAGACGAAGACUCCAGCAAACGUUCCCAGCCAACCCCGGAAGAACGUCAAGCGAUAGCACUCAAGAACCGAGAGGAGAGGCAACGCAAGUACGAAGAGGCGCGAGAGAGGCUAUUUGGAAGCCCGUCCGCAACCACUUCUGGCAAUUCGUCUCCGGGGAGUACCACCCCACCCCGUCAGAACCAGUCUGGCGAGAACCGAGGGAAAGGCAAAGGCCGGGGCGGCCCGCGGGAUUACAGAGAGAAAAGGGAUUCUUCGUCUGCCUCAAGUAAGUCGAGGCAGCUUUACGAUCCAGCAAGUCCAAACAGGUUGAAUGGGCUGCCUCUACCAAGGCGAGAUCAUCCGCAGGGGGAUCGACAUGAUGCCGACAAGCAAUCUACACCUCAGCAGCCAGUACGAAGCCCUCGGGGUCCUGAUGCAAGCGGAAGGGGUGGUUUUGGAUUUGCCAACAGAGGUGCUCGUGGAGGCUAA